GCCUGACAGCAGCAGCUGCAGCAGCAGCAGCUGCCACCAAUGCCGCCAUAGCAGAAGCAAUGAAAGUGAAAAAAAUUAAAUUGGAAGCUAUGUCCAACUAUCAUGCAAAUAAUAACCAGCAUGGAGCAGACUCUGAAAAUGGAGAUCUGAAUUCAAGUGUCGGCAGCAGUGAUGGUUCUUGGGAUAAAGAAAAACUUCAGUCUCCCCCCGCCCAAGGAUCACAGGCCUCUGUUAACCACCCCAACUUGUCUGGACAGCAUAAUGUUCCAGUUAGCCAUCCUCUCAACCCUCUUCAACAGAACCACCUUCUGCCAAAUGGAUUGGAACUUCCUUUUAUGAUGAUGCCCCACCCAUUAAUUCCCGUGAGCCUACCUCCAGCAUCUGUCACAAUGGCAAUGAGCCAGAUGAACCACCUUAGUACCAUCGCCAACAUGGCGGCGGCAGCACAAGUGCAGAGUCCUCCAUCCAGAGUUGAGACAUCUGUUAUUAAGGAACGUGUUCCAGACAGCCCUUCUCCUGCUCCUUCUCUUGAAGAGGGCCGAAGACCUGGCAGCCAUCCAUCCUCUCAUCGAAGCAGCAGUGUGUCCAGCUCUCCGGCACGGACCGAGAGCUCUUCAGACAGAAUCCCUGUCCAUCAGAAUGGGCUAUCUAUGAACCAAAUGCUGAUGGGUUUGUCACCUAAUGUCUUGCCUGGACCUAAGGAGGGUGAUCUGGCUGGUCAUGACGUGGGACAUGAGACAAAAAGAAUACACAUUGAGAAAG